AUGGUGGGUUGUUCUAUACUUUUGAAAAGCUCUAAUGGAUAUGCCUAUGUAGCCAAUGAAGAAAUAUGUUUUUUGUCAGAAACGAUCCGUGAUCAUAUGCCUACAAUUUGUAAGCACAACUCCAAUAUGGGUAUUGAGAUUACGGUUCCAAAAGUGGAAGGUGAAGUGCUAGCAGAAGUGAUCAAAUUCUGUGAAAUGCAUGCAUUCGAGACUUUUGUUUUCAAAGAUGAAAAUGAGAUCAAGAGAUGGGAUUCUGAGUUUGUUAAUGUUGAUGAAGCUACCUUACUGGGUCUCGGCUUUGCUGCUGAGUUUCUACAGAUAAAGAUACUGCAAGUCCUUAUUGCAUCCAAGAUGCCAAGAGAUGGAAGGAGUAGCAGUACAUGUACGAUAAGGUGUCUACCUUUGAAGAAGAGGAAAUGGUACUAUUGUGCAUAG